AUGGAUGCGGCUAUUGAGCAAUACGCUCCGAGUGAAGCUCUUGAUGAUACCCCAUCAGUAUCAUUAUCAUUGCCAUUUAUUCUUCAUCCUUCUUGUCUUCAUAUGCAAGUUCGUUCCGGUUCAAAAACAAAGAAUUUAAUACAAUUUGCUAUGCGAAAACUAUUUCCAACUGAUGCUAGUGUUGUUCCGAUUGAACAAAUCACAUGGAAUGCAUUCGGUGAUGGAAUAUCGAAAGCGAUUGCUUGUGCUGAACUAACAAAACGACGUUCACAGACGAAUUUUUAUGAACAUGUUCAGAUUGGUUAUAAACGAAUUGAACAAAUUUGGCGACCGGUGAAUUCGAAUGUUGAGUUAGACACAUUAAAAAUACAAAAAAAGCUUUCUGUCAACAUGUCGAGUGUAGCUUUAGUGUUCGACAUUAUAGCAUCUUGUUUGAUAGCAUUAAUCUUUCUUUAUCGCUGUGGAAAUUACCGUCGACAACAUCCGAUCACAACCGUGGCAGUUUUCAUAUCAUGGUCAUUCUCAGUUUCAUUCAUCUUUCUUCUUCCAUUGGAUAUUUCAUUGGCAGCAUAUCGGGAAUGCAGUAAUCCGAAUGUCACAACCACGACAACGGCGAGCCCAAUUAAUUUAAAUUUAAGCAAUUCAAUCGAAAAACCAUGUCCGCAACCAUGGUCUUAUGUAAAUCAGAAAUCGUACGGCGUUUUGUGGAGAAUUAUUUAUUGGACGUCACAAUGUUUGACUUGGCUUGUUUUGCCAUUCAUGCAGGCAGUCUGUCAAACAGGAGAAUUUUAUUGGAGAGGAAAAAUUCGCUAUGCUCUUCGAUCAAAUCUGUUCUAUUAUGGAACACUCUUAUUACUAUUCGGAGUUCUUGUUAUUUAUGUCGCGAUUAAUUACCAUUUAACCGCGUCUAAUUUCAAGGUAACAAUUAUCGCAGCAAGUACAACAUGGGGUUUGUUUCUUCUUGUUCUUAUGCUUGGUUAUGGUCUUGUCGAAGUUCCAAUAAAUGUUUAUAACCAUUCUCGAACAUCUUUUGCUCUAUCUCAUGUACAAUUCAAAUUAUCUCAAUUAUACAAUGAAAAAAUCGAUAUUGAAGAACGUUUGGAAUCUCUUGUCGAAGAAGUUUCGAAAUUGUGUCAUCAAAUCAAAUACAACGACUCAUUACGGCCAUGUUUAGAAGAAAUUGUUCGAAUUAUACCUGAACAAUAUUCCAAUCGAGUAAAACUCACUAUGGACGAUUAUGAAGAUUAUCGAUCAACAACAACAUCAAAUAAUUUAGUUGAUUUACCAACAGAGAAACAGCUGAUCAAAUUACAUGGCCUACUGAAGAAAAGUAAACAUAUUCAUCAUCGUGUUCAAGCAUCGUGGAUACAAAUGAUUGAUGAAGCAUUUUAUUUGGAAGAUAUUCUGAAUAAUGAAAAGAAUACCAAUCGUUCAUUUAUUAAACAGAGUCCUCUACCGAAAUCUUGGUUGAGACAAAAACUAUUUGAUGAACAUCCAGUUUUAGAAUGGUAUACAUUGUGCUUUUUACGACCCUGGGGUCUUCGUAUCCUUGGUGUUAGUUUAGGCAUCUUAUCAGUAAUUGUUAUCUGGUCCGAACUAACAUUUUUCAGCACAAAACCUGUUUUAUCGAUAUUUGCUCGUAUUGUCAACUCAGCACGUCAUCAUUACGAUUAUUUCACAAUAGAAAUUGUUUGUUGUUUCAGUCUUGCUUAUUUAUGUUUAUGUGCAUAUUAUACAAUAUUCCGUUUUCGUAUAUUUAAUUAUUUUUAUUUGUCGCUUUACCAUUUGACGGAUGAGAAUAGUUUGAUCUUUGCUGCAACAUUUCUUUGUCGUUUAACUGCACCAUUGAGUUAUAAUUUUCUCGGAAUGAUUCAUAUGGAUCAGAUGAUUACAAAAGAAACCUUUCGACAAGAAACAGUUUUCACUGAAAUUAUGGGUCGUAUGAAUGUUAUUCCAAUCAUUUCCAGUGGCUUUAACUUUUAUUUUCCGAUGUUAGUGUGUUUGUUAUGUCUAGGAACAUAUUUUCGAUUUGGUUCACGAUGUUUACACAUAUUUGGUGUACGACAAUUCUUUGAUGAUGAUCAUAUUUCAGCUGAAUAUGUAGAAGAUGGAAAAAAUCUCAUGAAAAAAGAACGACGAAGCUUUGGUGGAGUCGAUGUUUUAUCAACAGUACCGAAUACAACCACAGCAAGUCAACGAAGAGAUCGUCGUAGAGAAAUUGAAGAAAAGUACGGAUUGCGAUCGUCAUCAUCAGCAACGGCAAAGAAUGUUCAAUUAUCGAAAUAUCGAGAUGACGAAUUAUCUGAAAUUCAGUCAGAAACUCGUCAACUGAAAGGCUCCGUAUCAAGUUCUGAAGAACCACUGAUAACUAUGAAUACUAAUCAACAAGUUCCAUCAAAUUCAACAUCAAUCACAGGCUCUUCUUCUCGUCGAGCACCUCCACCGACCAAUAUCUUCAAUGAUAUUUAA